GGCAAUACUCGAGGGCUGUCUCUGUGCACUCCUCCAAGCUGGUGAACCUGACCCUCCGCCUGGAGAAGAUGGAGACUGAACACGGCUACACUCAGCUCGACUUUGAGCUGUUGAAGUUGGAGAUCCAAGAGUUGGAGGCACUCACCAAUCAGCUGAAGCAGUCCUUCAAUGGCAGCAACAGCAUCAUCGAUCAGCUCUACAUGGAGAUUACAAAUAUUUCGCGCACUGUCAAUGAGCUGGAAUCAUUUGAUAGACAAAACGUACUGGCAUUCCGCAAAGAAAUUGCACUGGUGAGGAAACGGCUGGCAGAUUGUAAGAAGAACCAAGCCCCACCAACUCUUCCUCCCAUUGAAAAAGGAAGCUGCAAUCAUAUUGGCCUUCUCCAAAUAGGUGUACCUACUAUAAUACAACACAACAAUAAUGGAGAUCAUUAUAAAUAUGGAGGGUGGAGUAAAGAUUCAAUUCCACCCGCCAAUAAAGAGGGGCUAUAUUGGGUGGCACCACUCAACUUAGAUGGACAAACGAUAUAUUCCUUCAGAGUCUAUAAUUCACGCAAUAAUUUGCUACUUUACACAAAACCAAUAACCAAAUCAUUACCGGGUUCACACAGAGCACAGGGAAGUGGAAUGGUUUUGUACAAUAAUUCCUUGUAUUACAACUGUUACAAUUCCAGGGACAUGUGCAGAUAUAACAUAGACACUGGCAGAGUACAGAGGCAGACUCUUAGAGAUGCAGCUUACAAUAACAAGUAUUCUUAUGCGGGCACCAGCUACCAAGACAUAGACUUUGCUGUCGAUGAAUCUGGCCUUUGGGUCAUUUACUGCCCUGAAGCAAAUGCCGGGAAUGCUGUUAUUGGCAAGAUUAAUGAGGCCACCUUCACUGUGGAAAAGACAUGGGUCACCAGGCUGUACAAACCUAGUGUGACCAAUUCUUUUAUAAUAUGUGGGGUUCUGUAUGCCAUUCGAGCUGUGCAACCAAAGAUAGAGGAAGUUUUCUACACAUUUGACACCAGAACUGGGGAAGAAAAUCAUAUUUGUGUAAAGAUGAGUAAGGUCCCAUAAAAACUGGGAAGUGUUAACUACAAUCCAGCUGAUCACAAAUUCUAUGUAUACAGCGAUGGCUACCUGGUGACUUACGAUGUGAUCUUUGAACAUAAAUCACCAAUGACCAGUACCAUUGCCAAUUGAGUAAUCAGCAAUUAGCAAACCAAACCAAUAGGUCUGGAAAUU